UGGACAAUAUUACAAACAACCAGACACAUUUCAGUAAGUAGUGGGUAUCGAAUCCAAGCCUAGAACAUCAAACGUUCAAAAACAAGACAUGCCUAAACGACCAUUUGAAGAGGUUGGGAAUUCAAGACAUAAAACUGAACUAACAGCAAAGCGGCCAAAGAAUGACGAAACCUUACAUUACACAAAUGAACGUAAACAAGAUGUGGCGGCCGAACAACCACACCAACGUCAGGAACAACUUCAGCUUCAACGAACGAUCGAAGCCAGUAAGCAGAUGCUGUACGAUGUUUUCGAAAAUGUGAUAUCUUUCAUUGAAGAAUUCGAAGCGAAAACAGACAAGGGUACACGAUUGCCAAGGUCAAACUUUAUAAUACCCGAGAGGCCUGCAAAAACACUUGAAGAUGUGGAAACCAUCGUUCAAGCACAAUUGUUCGUCUUUGAAAUGCACAGCAAGAGUUGUCCAACAGAGGUUCGAGAGAAGGCUAAAACAGACUUAGUAAAGAAAACACUUUUCUGGGCUGCCGUGAGGGAGGAAAAUAAUAUACCGCAUGGAAAAACAGAUGAAUUUGUAUGUCAGCUCUAUGAAAUUCUUGUGCACGGAUCUACUAAUCAUGAUAUAUUGGCUCAAGUGAGUCAGGUGGUGUCACGCAAAACGAUCAAGGAGACGCUUCCGCUCAUUAUGAAUGGCAAAUAUAAAUCAGAGUUAUUAGAUGAAACCUUUAGAAAAGAUCCCCAGAAGAUGGCAUCAUGUCCAGAUACAAGAACUUCUGACGCAGACUUUGCUUUUAAGCUAGGUGCUCACCGCAUUAGAGAAAUACGUGCACACCUCGCAAAUCAAUUGGAAGCAGACGUCAACAUGAUUGAAAAAGAGGGCAUUGAAAAUCUGAAGUGAAUUAUGUUUCACAGUUUGUUUUAGGUACUGUUGUAUCUUUGUAAUUUGAUUCGGUUGUUUUUAAUAUAUAUGCACAUGUUUGUUUUAAACUUCAACACUAUGCUAUUUUUAGGAAUCUUCGGAAAAAGUAUAAAGGUCAUAAUUGUUACGACAAUGCUUCGUGAGUAGCUGUAAAGACAUUAUUUUAAGACAUGCUGAUAAAAACCCAAAUUGCAUUUAUUAGUUACUCGGUUUUGAAGAAAUAUCAACAUUUGUUGAUACGCAAAUAUGUCUUUUUACUUUGUUUAAAACAGAAAACACACGCUGCACAGUGCCGUUGUUUUGUUCGUAUUCAGUUAACGUUGUGUGUGUUAUAAGACCACAAUGCUCGUACGUGAGAGUUGUAUUUACUUGGACGAUUUGGUAUCGGGCACUAAGCAUAUAUUGCUAAAUUGUGCAAAUAAAACUAUGGAGGGAAAUAGACGCCGUUCUUUUUUUUUCAGGAGAAAUAUCAAUGGUUAAAGUAUCAGGCGUUUAAAGACGAAAUCUUUAGAACGUAUGUUACCUAUUAUUUUCAAAAUGUGCAUUCAUGUUACUCAAAAAUGACUGAUAACCAUAUAUUUUGAGGUCGAUGGAUAAAGUGGUUUCUCCAAAUUUCUGGUUAGAUACAUACAAAUCGGACGAGAUUUAAUUUUGGCUGUUUAUAUGCUCGAAUCUGAUACAGAGAAAUAGAUCACCCUUUGAUUAUACGAUAAGUUUAUAAAUGAUAAGUUAUGUUGUAUAACGUAGAUAGUAAUAGUGACAUUAACAACAUUCAUUGGCUUAUCUUUUCAAACAAUGACCCUCAAAACUGAUUUUUGCUUGCAUGUUGCGCCUGCAAAAUGCGAGCCUUGCAUUCAGCUUCCGCAUGUGUGAGAUGUUUUGAAAUGUAAUUAAUCCUACAUAAACUGUUUCUUCUAAAUGACAUGAGGUUUGAUUUGUGUUGAUUGAGAUUGUUUUUCACUGAAACUAUAUGUGAAUGUAAAUAGCAUGCCCAACAUUGAAUAAACACACAUUAAAUGAUUUGGUAAAAAUGUGAA